GGUUUUGCUGCAGCAAGAGUAAUGUGCAAAAUUGUGCAUGGCCUUUACUCAUUUCUUCUGAUUCUCUUCAAAACUCAGAAUCGUGCUCCAUCACCAUCAUGAUGUGAGAUCCCUUAUUCACACACACUCCACGCAAAAUUCAUCUUCACAUCAACGCCGAUUGUUCGAUUAGGUUAUUGGCGGAAUUAGUGCAUAGCGGAUUGAACUUUUUCAUCUAUGUUUGGAGGACUUGCUGUUCCUGCUAAUAGUCCGCAUUUGAGGAAAUCUGGGAGCAGAGCUGUUGUCUCUGAUCUUGAUGAGCAUGAGGUGGAAAAUGGUGCUGAGGAAGGUUUCUUGUAUUCUGGGGAGGUGAACGAUUCCAAGGGUGGCGUGGCACCAAUUAGUGCCUCUGGGAUAAUGCCCUCGCCUAUUUUCCUGUGGAGAUUCAAGGUAUUCUUGUUCCUUGUUUGGGCGUUCAUCUGUUGCAAGAUUGGAUGGGAUUCUGUCAUGAGAAUGAGUGCUGACAAGCGGGAUCUGUUUCUAUAUGAGGCAUUUUUGUAUUUUAACCCGCUUCUUCUUGCGGCUUUAAUGGUUUGGCUUUGGGGAAUCAACUUAUGGUUUUUUGCUCAGGCUGGUGUCAAUUAUGCAAGAAUAUUUGAUCUCGAUCAAAAUUACCUUACUCACAGAGAAAUAUGGAAGUGUGCCACAUGGAUGACGAUUAUUGUUCCAACCAGUAUGACGGCAUAUAUUUAUCUUUAUUCUCAUGGAGAAGUUUCAUAUGCUGCCUCACAACCAGUGCUCCUAUAUGCUGGUGUUGUAUUGUUGUUGAUAUUCCCCUUUGAUAUCUUUUAUUUUUCAACUCGAUAUUACUUCUUAAGGACAUGCUGGCAUAUAGUUUUCCCAUUGCAGGCAAUAUCAUUCUCUGAUUUCUUCUUGGCUGAUAUUUUCACUUCCAUGGCAAAGGUUUUUUCUGAUCUGGAGCGUUCUGUAUGUAGGAUGGUACAUCGGCAGGUUGCCACAAUUGCUUGGUUGGAAGCUGAUUCUGUGUGUGGCAGUCACUCUGUUGCAAUCCCUUUAGUGCUUGUCUUGCCUUAUCUUUUCCGUCUAAACCAAUGUCUCCGUCAGUACAAAGAUACCGGGGAGAAAACUUGUCUUUUGAAUGCUUUAAAAUAUUCAACCGCAGUGCCAGUUAUCUUUCUCUCGGCCCUUAAAUAUCACGUCUUCCCUGAUAAGUGGACAAACUUUUAUAGGCCUCUCUGGCUUCUGUCAAGUGUUGUGAACUCAUCGUACUCUUUCUACUGGGAUGUGAAUAGAGAUUGGGACCUAAGUGGCCUCACUCGAAUAUUCAAGUUCAGCAAGCCACAUACACUCUCACAUCUAUUACAUGGAAGGAGAUGGGUUUACUUUUGGGUAAUUGGAAGCAACCUAGUCCUUCGUUGCACGUGGACAUACAAGCUUUCUGCACAUCUUCGCCAUAAUUACCUGACAGUGUUCACCAUUGCAGCCUUAGAAAUUUUCCGCCGCUUCCAGUGGGUCUUUUUCCGUGUCGAAAAUGAGUUGAGCAAGAUGAAUGCCAAAUCACACGUACAGGUCACAGACAUCUCAAACGAGGAAGAGAAAUUGCUUCAUUCCAACCACAAUGUAUAGGCUAGAGAGCAUUUUGAUGCUUUUGGUAGUAUCAUUUUCAAGGUAUAUUUUGUCGUUAGGGGAUCUCCAUUCCAUUUUGUUGUUUCAAUGGCCUCCCCACACUUACAAAAUGUCAUUCUUUAUUCGCAGAAGAAAAACAGUUUAUUCAA